AUUUAUAAACUAAUGCCCAAUAAUUUAAAAUAUAAAAUAUUUUUCUCAAUUUGGAUAAGUUUUUUCUUUCUGUGCAUGGUAUGUGUGAUGCACUAGUUUUCCUAAACACUAAAAAAACUUAAAAUAUUACAAAAUUUUUAUUUUUAUUAAAAUUAGAUCAGACCAAUUCAAAUUAGAUUAGAUAUAAAAAAAACUUUAAAUACUCAACUCAAAACUUAUUCCAAAACCAAUCCGGCCCGUUUUGGUGGUUGAAAGGAUGAAUAGCUGUCACGGCAAUUCAUUCAUCAAUAACUACCCACUUCUCCGUACUCUACUCUUUACCCGCCCAUUGCCGCCAUUCCUUGACAGAAAUCACAAAGCAUCUGGAAAAUGGCGAACAGGGUCUCCAGUUUCUCCCAUCUGGUCCAGCGCGUUACGGCGUCUUGCCUGCUUCACCCUCUCGUCGUCGACGCCGCCGAUCACCACGACUUCUCCGUCGUCACUCACGCCGGCGAAGAAUCCGAUGGAGACAGCUACUACUUCAACUGCGGCAAGGACGAAAGUGAAGACGGGGAAGAAGAGGACGUCGAAGUUCCGGGGAGGGAUAAGGAAGUGCUCGCGGAAAUGGAGACGAUACUGGCGGAAGUGUUCGAGGCGGCGGCGAACCUGAAGAGGGCGUACGUUAGCCUUCAGGAAGCGCACAGUCCUUGGGAUCCGGAUAAGAUGCGCGUGGCUGACGUGGCGGUGGUAUCCGAGCUCCGAAGAAUCGGAGUCCUGAAGGAAAGGUAUCGGCGGAGCGCCGGAGGAGGGCGGCGCAGAGUUGGGGCGGCGACGCUGAGGGAGGUGGUGGCGCCGUACGAGGCCGUGGUGGAGGACUUGAAAAGAGAACUGAAAUCCAAAGAAGCUGAAAUUGAAAUCCUGAAAGAGAAGCUUCAAACGACGUCGUCACCGUGCAGUAGCGCGAAGAAAGGAAAGGCGAAGCAAAAAGCAAAAAAUUGCAGCAGUCAAUCGCAAGCGGCGAUGCCGCCGGCGCCGGAGCUAUUCGAGAGCACAAUGAGUUUGGUGAAAGGGGCUUCGAAAUCGUUCACGGCGUUGCUCCUCUCGCUGAUGAGAUCGGCACACUGGGACAUAGCCGCCGCCGUGAGAUCCAUCGAAGCCGCCUCAUCCGCGGCCGUCGCAACGGCGGGCGCGAUAAUCGGAACGAAUCGCGCGAGGUACGCGUUGGAGUCGUAUGUGAACCGGAAAAUGUUCCAAGGGUUCGAGCACGAGACGUUCUACAUGGACGGCGGCCUCUGCUCCGUAGCCGACCCGGAACAGCACCGCCGCGGCUGUUACAGACAGUACCGGGACAUGAAGGCGAUGGAUCCGGCGGAGCUGCUGGGGAUACUCCCGAACUGCAGCUUCGGAAACUUCUGCUUCAAGAAAUAUCUGGCGAUCAUCCACCCCAAGAUGGAGGAGUCUCUGUUCGGAGAUCUGGAGCAGAGGCGGCAGGUUCUGGCCGGAAACCACCCGAGGAGCCAGUUCUACGGCGAGUUCUUGGAGCUGGCCAAGGCGGUGUGGAUGCUUCAUCUGCUGGCGUUCUCUGUGGAGCCGCCGCGGCCGUGCCAGUUCGAGGCGAGUGAGGGAUCGGAAUUUCGUCCGGAGUACAUGGAAAGCGUGGGGAAGUAUUCGGGCGGAGGCGGAUUUUGUAUGGGGCUAGUGGUUGGGUUUCCGGUGAGUCCUGGGUUUAAGCUCGCGAAUGGCAGUGUUGUUAAGGCUAGUGUUUUUAUGGUUCCCAAGUGUGGCUAAUGGGGAUAUUCGAUUGCUAAACGGAUACGGAUUUGGUAAUCAUACAUCCGAUCCGUUUAUAAUCCGCUCCGCAUUGACAUCCGUUUAAAUACCCGUUUAUCCGUAUAUCCGAUCCGUUAUAUAUAGUCUUUCCUAAUUUUUUAUUUUUACAUUUUGUUUCUCUAUAGAUAUCUCAAAGUAUAAGACAUUUUUAUAUGCAAAAUAUAUGUGUAAACACAUAAAAGUAUGUGUAUAUA